AAACAGCACGCCCAUUUCCAUCCAUCUCUCUCUCUCUCUCUCUCUCUCUCUCUCUGAAAAAGUUCUCUGUUUCUCAUCAAAGGGUGCCUGGCUGCAUCAAAUGAUUUGAAAAGGGAGGGUCAAAUCACAAGCUCUCUCUCCAGUUUUGAUCAAUUCGCAGUGGGGGAAGUUGCAGAGAUUUUGAGUCUGACAGAGUUUGCUUUACCCUAUUAGCUCUCUCUCUUUCGCUCUCUCUUUCUCUCUCUCUCUCUAUAUUAUGUUUGUGAAUUGAAGGGACUGAUAAAUCAUAAAUCCCAAUAUUCCAUUGAUAGAUAUACAGAUCACACAUGGUUAUAGACAGUGCAGAGAUUGUGAUCAUGAAGCACGUGUAUACUCAUCAGAUUUCAAUCACACCAGCAGUCUCUUUUCAGUGAAGUGAACCUCAACAACAACAACAACAAUAACAACAACAGAAACACAUCAAUCUCCACUGAUCAGCAACACAAGAUCGACUUUAGAUGGCGACGUACUUUCACGGUAACUCGGAAAUCCAACCCCCCGACGGCGGCUUGCAGACUCUGGUUCUCAUGAACCACGGCGGUUACGUCCAGUACUCGGAUUCUACUCAACAGCAACAGUCACCGUCGGCAGCGACUAACCAGCUUGUCUUCCUCAACUCUGCUGGGGCCAAUCCACUCGCUCAAGGCUCCACUCUCCCCCACGCGCCGCCCUCCCACACCCAGCAAUUUGUCGGCAUACCGCUCCCGACCGUGUCCUCUCAGGACCCCAGUAACUCGCAGUCCAUGCAUCCCCACCACGACAUGGCUGCUCUCCACGCCUUCAUGCCUCGCAUUCAGACUCAGUACGCGCUCUGGAACUCAAUCGACCCUUCCGCGCGUGAAACCCCACGCGCCCAGCAGGGUCUGUCCUUGAGUCUGUCGUCCCAGCAGCCCGGGUUCGGGUCCUUCCGUGGUUCUGAUCGGGAAGUCCCGACUGGUGAGGAUAUCCGGGUUUCGAGCGGUUCCAACUCUUCGGCUUCGGGUGUGACUAAUGGGGUUUCGGGUAUGCAGAGCGUGUUGCUGAGCUCCAAGUACUUGAAGGCUGCACAGGAGCUUCUUGAUGAGGUUGUGAACGUUGGAAAUGGGAUGAGGUCUGACUUGCCUAAGAAGGGUAAUGGGAACCAGAGUAAGGCCAUGGCCGAGUCUUCUAUGGCGGCCGCCGGAGAUGGUUCGAUCGGCGGUGAUCAAGAUAGUGGGAAGCGUGCUGUAGAGCUAAGCACUGCAGAGAGGCAGGAAAUUCAGAUGAAGAAGGGAAAGCUCAUCAGCAUGCUUGAUGAGGUGGAUCAAAGGUACAGACAGUACCAUCGCCAGAUGCAAAUGGUAAUUUCGUCGUUCGAGCAAGCAUCCGGGAUUGGUUCAGCAAGAACAUACACUGCUCUUGCACUUCAAACAAUCUCAAAGCAGUUCAGGUGCUUGAAAGAUGCAAUAACAAACCAAAUUCGAGCCGCCAACAAGAGCUUAGGCGAAGAGGAUUGCAGUGGGGGGAAGAUUGAAGGUUCAAGGCUCAAAUAUGUUGACCACCAGCUCAGGCAGCAAAGAGCCCUCCAACAGUUGGGAAUGAUCCAGCACAAUGCUUGGAGACCCCAAAGAGGAUUGCCCGAAAGAUCUGUUUCUGUUCUUCGCGCUUGGCUUUUCGAACAUUUUCUGCACCCCUAUCCAAAGGAUUCAGACAAGCACAUGCUUGCAAAACAAACCGGGCUUACUAGGAGCCAGGUUUCAAAUUGGUUUAUAAAUGCUCGAGUUCGUCUGUGGAAGCCAAUGGUGGAAGAAAUGUACUUGGAGGAAGUCAAGGAGAAUGAGCUCAAUGGAUCAUCUGAGAAGAUGAGCAAGAGCAAUGAGGAUUCUGCAUCAAAGUCCACACCUCCACAAGAGAGAAGUCCUGCUACUGAUCAGAACCAAACCAAUAGUACUUUCAAUUCCAAACAAGAGACUUCCACAAAUCAUAUUGCUGCUCCUCCAUCAAUGUCAAUGUCAAUGUCCUCAGCUUCAACAUCUCCCACAAACAUUGUUCGGAACCAGUCCGGAUUCAGCCUCAUCGGGUCAUCAGAAUUGGAUGGCAUCACACAAGGUAGUCCAAAGAAGCCAAGGAGCACUGAAUUAAUGCAUUCCCCAAAUAGUAUGAUGAACCAUAUGGAUGUCAAGCCUCAAGAGGUGAGCAAUGAGCAAGUUUCUAUGAAAUUUGGGGAUGAGAGGCAGAGCAGAGAUGGCUACUCAUUCAUGGGAGGACAGACCAAUUUUAUUGGGAAUUUCGGGCAAUACCCAAUUGGUGAAAUUGGGAGGUUCGAUGCAGACCAAUUCACACCACGGUUCUCAGGCAAUGGUGUCUCUCUCACUCUUGGUCUUCCUCAUUGUGAAAACCUCUCCUUGUCUGGUGCCCAUCACCAAACUUUUCUCCCAAACCAAAACAUUCAAUUGGGGAGAAGAGUUGAUCACAUUGGAGAACCAAAUGAUCAGUUUGGUACCAUGAACAGUUCAGCUCCUCACUCUUCUGCCGGAUUCGAAAGCAUCGACAUUCAGAAUCGAAAGAGGUUCGUAGCACAAUUGUUGCCAGACUUUGUGGCCUGAUAUCUCAAAUAAGAUGACCACCUCGAAGAAGCUUGGCAGGGGAUACACAUUCAUGUCAUAGCUUUUGGUCUUCCCAAUAUUAAUUUUCUUUCUAUGAUGCCCUCUAAACUUUGGGAACAAGGGAAUGCAUAUGGUAGUGUAUAGAAAGAAGAAUUUACUUAGUAUAGGUAUAUACUUCUGCAUAUAACCAUUUCAGAUCUUAGACAGCUUAGGAUUUGAGAGCAUAUGGUUGAGGAUUGUAUAUUAUUUUGUAAGUUUUGGUGAUGGAUAGAUGGAUUGGUGUAAAACCUUAGUUAAGUGAUAUGGGUAUACCAAUAUAUAUUGAUAAUUUGGUGAUGGAUA